CGAAUUUUCUCGAAAAUCUUUAUUAUUCGAGUGCUUCUAGAUCAAUUUUGUUUAUUUUUGGAUGAAUGGUCGACGUUCAUUUUGUGAGAAUUGGACUGAAUUGUCAAGAGGGAUAAUAACUGUGACUUAACAGGAGAAGCGAACACCAAAAUACCAGUCAAUAGUCAGAAUGUAUGAUGUGAUAGUGUUAAAAGAAGGCUAUUGUCGUCUCGGAGAAGAUGGGAAAAGCCAAAACUGUGGUGGCAGUGUAACUUUAAUUAAAGGUAAAAAAAAUGUAUUGGUGGAUACUGGUAGCCCUCGAGAUAGAGAUAGUUUACUGUCAGGCUUAAAAGGCAAUGGGUUGAUACCAGAUGACAUCCACUAUGUAGUGGGAACUCAUGGUCACAUAGAUCAUAUAGGAAACCUCAACUUAUUUCCCAAUGCUGUUCAAAUUGUAUCCAAUGAUAUCUGUCACGGAGAAAAUUAUUUACUACAUGAUUUUAAAUUGGGUAUACCAUAUGAAAUUGAUGAACAUAUCGAUGUGAUAUCUACUCCUGGACACACUGGAAGUGAUGUCUCAGUCUUGGUUAAAAAAUCACCUUUUGGUACAGUUCUUGUAGCAGGAGAUCUUUUUGAGUGUGCUGAAGAUCUAGAAGAACCAGAUCUUUGGCAGAGGAACAGUGAGAAUGGGGAAGUUCAGGAACAGAGCCGUAUCAAUGUCCUUAAAGUUGCUGAUCAUAUCGUCCCUGGUCAUGGUUCCAUGUUCAAAGUCCCUGAUGAGUACAAGAGCCACUUCCGAUGUGUCAUGUACUAUGAAGAGAUCAACUCGGAUCAUAUGUUCAGUGCUUCAUCUAGUAUAGAGUAUACUGUUGUGGAAUGUGAUUAGUCAAAUCACAAUUUCCCAAAAGAAGUUUCUAGAUCCUUCGUCCUUCUGGGUAGGGGUUCCAAGAUCGAUGGGAACUUUUUCAAUGGUAUACAUGUAUUUUAUAUAGUAAUAGGAUUGUAAAGAACUGAACACAAUUUCAUAUAUAAAAAACUAUGUUUACUCUCUGUUACCAAGGUACUAAUAAGAUCAACCAAAUAAAAAGUGGUAAACAAGACAUAAUUAGCCAUGUGAACUCUCUGUAAGUAUCGAAUUGACACAGCAAGUUAGAAGUGGUAAACAGCACCGUAUGUGGACUCUUUGUACGAAGUACUAAUUCAGUGAAAAGUGGUAUCAAUAAACAUUAUUAGUGAGAUGAACUCUCUGCAAGAAGUGCCAAGGAUCCAAAACCAGUGCUAAUGUGGUACCAAGUGCUUGACUAUUAAUUCAGUUAUGUAAAGAUCAAAAUAUAACUGAUCAUUGCUUGAUAUGCCAGUAUUAAUUUUGAUGUUCAGAUGAAAGGAACUGUUAUAUGUGAAAUUGUCAAAGUUAUUUAUCAUCUACAGUGUUCAUAUGUAAAUAAUAUAAUCAGAUUCCAAACUAUUAGCAUUGCUUUUUAUUUUCUUUAACACUCUAGUGUUGAUUUUUAGAUUCAUUAUACACACAAAGGCAUAGAAAAUGUCUAUCAGGUACUAAUCAAGAUCUUGAAAUCCUCGUGUAAUAGUGGAAAUGAUUUUUGGACAUCCCUCAAUCCUGUAGUAAAUUCCCCUACACAUGCUUUUUUGUGCGAUUCAUAUUUAGCAGUAAUUUUUUAUAUUUUUCUGUCAAGGUGACAUUUUUUUCUAUUGAAUUUGGCAGCUUAGCAUAUUCCAAUGGUUUGAAUUUAAAUUAUAUUGCCUAAAUAAGGGAAGCUUUUCUUGCUUAUCCUAUAAAUUAAUCCACAUGGAUGGAGGUAUUUAUCAAUACCGGAUUCCCAUCAAGGUACAGCAUUGAUUUACCGAAGAUAAAUGUAUAUCUGGAUCAAGGCUUAGAUGUAUCACAGACUCAAACAUAACUUGAUGAAUCAAGGAAGUGGAUGCAUAACAUCAAAGUAUAUUAAAACAAGGCAAAUUCAAUGCUUUUUAUCAAUAAGUAACUGAAGACAAAACAGAAUACACGACUGAAGUAGUGCUAAAUGGAGAUCAGGUCCCUUUCAAUAAAUACGCUUUAUCACCUUAUAAAAUCAUCCAAUACAUCAUCACGUUAUAUAUUUGUUGAACAAUUGGUGUCUAUUUAUUAUAUAAGUGCUUAUUUGAAGUGCCGUAUAUUUACCCUUAACUGUUUGCAAUCAUAUCAAAAAAUUGUUUUUGUGAAAUAUUCAAAAUUUAACAAUUUGUUCUUGAAUGCUCAAAGUAAAUUUGGCUUUGUCACCAUAAUUGUAUGACAUAGAGAACAAAAAAUAGUUAAUAGUCUUAAUUUGGCCCGAAAUGACAAUGUCAUUGUCAACUGUUUUAGUUGUUAAGUCUUUGGAACAUUGCGAAAUGCAGAAAUCAGGUCGGUCAAUAUCUCAAAAAAAUUUAAUUAAUUAGUGAAAAAUAUCAAAGUAAAUUUCCCAUGUGGAUGCUCAAAUGUUGUUCAUAUAAUGAAUAAAAAUUGUUUGAAAAUUUGUUGUAGUAUUAGUCCAUCUUCAACGUUUGCUGCUGUCCUGGCAAAUUUUUCCUCGUUGCAGUGUAUAGUAGUGCCUUGUGUAUCCAAUCCAUGGAUCAUAAUCCUGGAAAGCUGGAGCUUUUGAUAUUGCUCAUCCUUAAUUAUAUCCUUAAGAUAUAGCAUCUUUACCACCCUGAAUUUGUGGAAAUUUAUGUAGCAAAAAGGAGGAUUGCAUAAUUGUAUAUCCAAAAUUUUUGACAUUGCGUCUUGACCAUCUAAAAUCAUUGGCAUUACAUCAUAGCAUAUUCCAAAUUGUUGACAUUGCAUCUUGACCAUGCUAAUUUAUUGGCAUUGCGUCAUUAUAUGUCCUAAAACCAAACCGUUCUUUGAAAAUUUACACUUUUAACAUUGCACAUCGUUUCUGCUACAAAAACACAAUAAC